AUGAGAUCUUCGAAGAAAGUUGGCCAAGUACAAUGGGGCGACAUUCUCCGCGGCGACGACGAAUGUAGGUCGAGACAAGACGGAGGCACCUGCGGCGAAGCGAAGCAAUGAGGCUGCCGGCGUUGGCGCGGCCGCCACUCGGCUGGCUCUUUGCCAUCACAAUCCUGUUCACGGCCUUGUUCGGCAACUACAUCAUCACUUUGUUCCUUUUUAUUGUCGGUGCCGGCCGCCACAAGUUAUGGCGGCAUAUGAUGGACCGCGCCAUCUCCUUCUGGAUGACCAUUCCUAUGGUUCGUUUUGUAAUCUUUUUGCUUUUGAAAUUCAGAUCAAAGCCUUUUUUAAGCAUUGGAACCUAGGGAUUCCUGGAACUUGUUAUGGGAACGAGAGUUCGGGUAAGUGGGGAUGAGAUCGAGUUCGGAAAGCCUGCUCUGAUUAUUAUGAAUCACAGAACAAGGUAUAUUUGAAUGAAGCAGUAAAAAAGCGUUCCACAGGCUCGAUUGGAUGUACAUGUGGUGCGCUUUGUACCAAGUCAACCCAUGGCUCAUCACGACCAACAAAAUAUCGUUGAAGGCUCAACUGAAGAAUUUACCUGGAGCUGGUUAGUUCAGGUGCCUAAAACGAAACUGACGCCGAUUCCAGGCUUCGGCAUGGCUGCUGCGCAGUUCGUCUUUCUCGAAAGAAAUAUGAGUGUCGACAAAGAGUCUUUCGACCAGGCCAUCGACUACUUCAAAGGCAUGGAGAAGAAUUACCAGGUUUUAUUUUUAUUUUGAUCCGUCUAUAUACACGCACACACAUAUAUAAAAGGAACCAUCUAUACAAAUAAUUCUCACUCACUACAUGUUUCAUUCUAAAAUAUAUAUAUUACUUUUAUUUCGUAGUUUUCUUCAAUUUUUUUCUUUCUUUAAAGCCAAUCCAAGGCGGAAGAAUGACCUUUUACGUUCUUCAUUGUAAUGGGAAUGUUAAACAAAGGUUAAAAAACGAAAAAUUUCUUUUUCACACUUAUCGAUAGUUCCAAAUCAACGCACAUCAAACUGAAACGUCUUUGAUACUUGGCUCGCUCAUUAUUUUAAAUAUUUCGUUCAAAGAUUAUAAAUAAGUUUCAACCAUCUUUUAGUUCUUCUUGACAUUCUUUUUGAGCACUUUGAAAGAUUUUUUUAGGUUUGUUUUUAGGUGCUUCUUUUCCCUGAAGGCACAGACAAAUCUGAAUGGACAACGAGGAAAAGUCGAGAAUACGCCAAGAAGAAUGGUCUACGGAAUUUGGAGUAUGUUUUGUAUCCAAGGGUCACGGGCUUUUUCCAUCUCAUCAGCAAAAUGAGAAGUGGUUCGUUUAUAGGAAAACGGUUUUUUUUUAGUUCCAAUCUAUUACUUUACAGUAGACUACGUCGAUUACAUCUACGACAUAACUAUAGGCUAUCCCUUCAAUAUUGUUCAGUCUGAGGUCUUUUUUGGCUCUGGGAAAUGAAACUAAUUUUUUUCUUCAUGCAGGUGGAACUGGUUUUGAAAGGAAAGAGCCCUCGUGAGGUUCACUUUUUCAUCCGGAAGAUCCCGAUUUCUCAUGUGCCAGUGAAUGAAGCGGAAGCGACUCGCUGGCUCCACGAGUAGGUCUUUUCUGAAGUUCCGCUCACCAGAUUCAGACGUUGGUACCUGAAGGAGGCGCUUCUCCACGACUUCUACGCCGAGCCGCAGCCCGUAAAUCGCGCUUUUCCUGUCGAGCAAGGCGAUCGUCUUUGGUGCAGCGUAUGUUCAUCGCAUCAGUUUUUUUUUCUCUUUUCAUUGAUAAUCUAGUCCGCAAGCCUACAAUUCUAACAUGUUGAAGCAAGAUUAAAAUUUCACCCCGAAAAAGUCAAUCGGGAAUUUCAAAAGUUUACUCUCCCUUUGUAAAUAUGUUCAAUAAAUGAUUUUUAACUUCAUUUUUUUGUUGGAGUUUCUUGGUAAGCUGAAAAUAUAUUCAAAACAGUUGAAGAACAAUUUAUAUAAUUUUUUUAUUGAUUUUUAAUCAUUAAUUUUUUUAUCCGUGAGAAAAAAAUGGGGGCCUGUGACAAGAUAGCGACUUUUUACGCACAAAAAUCCCAAUUUUUGAAAUGUUUGGGUAUUUUUCUAACAAAAAAAUUUAAAAUUAGCUUCGACGUUCCGCUAUUGAAAUUCGAAAGUGGAAGCAAAAAAAUAUAAAAUAAUUUUUUUAUUGUGAUAGCAUUUGAGUUCAAAAAAAGUGCGGGGGAAGCCUAGGAAUUUAUUUUAAAAGAAGGUUUGAAUUAAAAAAAUAAGAAAAUUUUUUUCAGUUAACUUUCCACGUUCAGGCAUUUUAAAAUAGGAAAAAUUGAAUAUGUCUGAUUUUACAGUGGAAAGAACCCAGGAGACAUUAUUACGUCAAGCUGUGUUCACUGGUUUUCUGGCUUAUCGUCAUAUCCGCUUGCUCCUAUCAUAUAUUUUUCGUCAGGACUUUGCAGGUGUGUUUUUUUUUUCUUUCGUUUUCCAAAUAAAUGAAACUAUUAUGGAUGUUCUUCAUUUUCCAGUUCUUAUCGUUUUUUGUAACUUUUCGUAUUGAAGGUCUUUAAAAUCAAAUAAUUUAAACAUUACUAAAUCAUUUUUGUCAUGUUACAUUUUUUCAAUCUUUUCACUCUCCCACAUAUUUUCUCAACUAUAUUUCAGAUUGGAGUGGCGUAUUUCAUAAUAGCGAGCCUGGUGCUGAAUUUCCGUUACGGGGGAAUCGACAAGUUUGUGAUUUCCAGCUGGCGCAAGUCCAGCGAAACUUCCUCUUAG